AUGGCAGCUGAAAAACAGAUAGAUGCCGCGCAGAAAUUCCUACGUGGAAUUCAGUCCCUGGCCUCCUACGAGGAGGUCAGGGACAAGCAGGCUCAAGGGGUGCAAAGAUCGUUGGAGAAGGUAGUCUCCUUCACUGCUGCCCAAGCGGCAUCAUGGCUGAGGCUUCUUCAGGCAGAUCUUUGGACGGUUGGUCAGUUGGAUAGCUUCCGUGAGCUUGUUGCGGCCAAAACACGUCCUGUUGAGGUCGAGAGCAACCGUGGUGGUGUUACCCAAGAUUUUACUAUGUUGCCGUAUUAUCUAAGUGAUGAUUUGGCGCAGGAUGUUGGGAAUGCCGCCACGGAUUCGGAUCGCCUGCUAUGCAGAUUGUGUCAACAUGCGGCAAAAAUGACAUUGCGCAAUGCAUCAGAAGCCACGAAGGCAACGAUUGUGGUGCUUGCCAAAUGGAAUUUGUGCAAGCGUGGCUUGUCGCCGCGGCAACAGCAUGAUUUGUUUUGUCGCUUCAAGCCGGUUGUGACAAAGUAUCUGACGGCGGCAGAGGAUUCGAAGUAUCUCUUGGAUUUGCCUGUGGCUUGGGAAGAGUUGGACCAGGACAUUGUGACACGCGUCUUUCCUACGGGGAAACCGACGCAGAUCACGGAUCUUGCCGCAGAGAUUUGUAAAUAUGUGCGACACAUGCCUCUACGCAAGGAUAACCGUUUAUUGCAAUCAAGCAGCCACGCGCUGCCCUCCAGUGGCCAAGUGCCGCCAGGCUUUUUGGCUGUGGAAGAUAUCUGCAAAGUUGUGGAAGCAUGCAAAUCAGCGCAACCAAGUGUUGCGACGAUGCAGUCGAGCCAAUCCGCUCCGUCCGGGUCAUGCGCGCAGAUACGGCCUCCUCAGUUGGCCAUCUGUGACCGUCCACCGGUGGAGACUGCUGAGUCUGUGGAGCUUAAACCCGCUGCUACGCUGUCGGUCGCAGAACAAUUGGCCGCGUUGCGAGCGGACAUGGAUCCUCCGCUGGAAGCGGCUGCGCGUGGUGGGACAAUGAAAAAACCUGCUGCAAGUCAGAAAGGGCCUGGCACGCUGCGUCCACGAGGGCGGCCACCAGGUACAGGCAAGCCAAGGGCUGUAAGGAAGGCAGGGCUCAAGAGGCCAGCAGUUGCUACGAGCACAGAUAAGUCGAUGGGACGGGAGCAGGACUCUAUGACGCUACCUACGGGAGCGGUGGGAUCUAAGAGAUCCACUGUCGCUACGGCGGCUGCAUUGCCCAAGGGCAAGACAAAAACAUCAAAGAAGCCGGAGGUUGCGAAGAGAAGCUCCAAAGGCAAGGGCACAGUGACGCCCAAGGGCGCCAAGGUGGCUGCAUCAGAUCGUGCAGCAAGGCGUCAAGCUAUCUUGGCUUCUGUGCCAAAGAAGAUCCAGGACUUCAUGGCAGAGAAGAGCGGCAAGGGCGAUGAUUCCGAGUACUCCUAUGUCACCGAUGAGGAGGAGGAAGAACCGGAAGCUGCCGGCAGUGGAGCACCACGUGUGCGUAGAGCUGCUAAGGCAGCGCCAAAACCUGCUGCUGCCAAGGCAGGGCCGGAACGUACCGCGCCUGUGGACGCAGGCCCGGCAGAUCUUCCGGAGGCUGUGGUCACCGUAUCCCAUGGUCCUCCGUGUGCCACGUCGAAACGUCGAAUCCCAAGUCCGUCGACGAGUUCGGAUGACCCAGGGCCGAAGUUACCACCAAGAUCCCGGAGCCCUGUGCGCCCGGUGCCGGCUCUGGACGCACGUCCUGUGCGGGAUCGGAGGCGGGAUGAUGAGCCAGGGCAUGCACGGGACCGGUCUACGCGACCGGUUUCGCCACCUGCUGAUCUAGAAGCUGAGCGAGAUGGGCCUACGCGGCAUGGAAUGGAUGGAGGUCAUGGGAUGGCUGCUACGCGCAGCAAAGGCAAGGCCAAGGGGAAACGCACGCAGGACUGUCCGCACUGCUGGACUCCUGUGGCAUGGGCCCACGCGGUCAAGAGCAGGCGCGAGCAGGAAGGCUGGGGGGAGCACGCCGAGCGUGCCCGGGGGGACACAGGCGUCGACGUGUUGCCCGCUAGUUCGGCGAAGCAUCGGGCAUAUGUGGAAGAGCGUGUACGUCACGAACCAGAGCCGCCGCCGGAAGAAGAGGUGGAUCGCAGCCGCCGGCGACGUCCUCCCCCCAGCACGGAUGAGUCGGACGGAGACGGGCAUAAGGCCAAGCGCCAUGGCAAGGACAAGGGAGCCGACAUGGUGUGGAUCAAGGAAGUGAUUUCCGCAAUGACGGCUACGGUCGCAGCGGUGCCAUAUGAUACCUUUGCCACUAAGUGGGGGAAGGUAGCAGUGUGUCUACGGGACGCACGUUUCCUGGCCACGGUUAGGGAUCGCCGCGUACUGUCGCGGAUGGAAGCACUCAUAGACUUGGGGGUAUCGCACGCUACGGCGUUGGACGUACCGCCGCAUCCAAAGAUUCCAGGCUACUGCCUGGUGAGGGCACACGAUCGAGUAGACGCAGAGCCUUGCCGGUGGACCUUCCUCAUGGAAUCUGACGACUGGUUCCAAAAGGAAUGCAUUGCCUGGGCGUCAGAACUGGUGCAGAAGAUGUUGCGGCAAUGGCGCUACGAGCGCAAAGGACGGCUGAGCUUUGAAGCGUCUGAAGCAGGUUCCGCACUUGUCCGCGGACUGACCGCGGAUGAGCGCGAGCAUCUGGGCACGAAUGCUGACCUGCAGGACUUUGACGCGGAAGAGUCCACGGACUUUUUUAAAAGCCUGGCAGGAUCGAAGGUCAAUGGGGCACAUCUGCAAUGGCAUACCAUCAGGGCGUCUUUGGUGAAGAAACUGACAGAGAAACAGAUUAAAAGCCAUGCGGCCAAGAUUGACAUCGAAGAGCUGCCCAUGUCCGUUCUGCUGCAAAGGGGCUGGCAGGAAGAGACCGUGCGUCGGUUUCCGAGCUAUGAGUCGCCGGAGUAUGGCUGCGAGGUGUUCAAUGUGCCUAUCAAGAAGCAAACGUGGAAGCAAGUCUUUGAAUCAGUGGAAGAGAGGAUAUUAGAACGCGAAAAACAGGCAUCGAAGAAGCGUGGUGCCCAAGCGGCCGAUUUGGAUGUUCCGGUGGCGGCAGGCCCAAGUGGCCAAAGUUCUGAGAAACAAGAAGAACGGAAGGAAGCAGCAGCCGAAAAGAAGAAACAAACGUCCAACCAGAAGAUUGCGACGUUGGCGGCAAAGAGCUUGGGAUGCAUGGCAUCGACGGAGACGGCUCUCUCCAAGAUCAUCAACAAAGGCGAGAUGGUGCCCGAAGCUAACGGUCCUGCCAUGGUUGUCUGCAAGGAUAGCUUGGCCAAGGUCAAGCGUUGGGCGGAAGCAGCGCGGGCAGCAGUGAAUCAGCAGGAAAGCAACAAGGCUAAGAGUGAAGGCGAUUCCCACGUGGAACUGACUCCCUUGCCAUUUGACGCAAGUGACCUCAAGGUCCUUUCGAAACAAGGGCAAGAAGGCAUCAAGGCGCUGCGUGAGAGCUUCCCGAAGCCAAAAGCCAAGGCAAAGGCUGAGGGGACCUCCACGGGAGAGCCCGCGCCCAAGAGGCGUCGUGUGAAGGCACCUGCCUAA